AUGUUACAAUCCACGCAACGGCUGGCCGGUGACACGGAGAAAGCCACCGUCUACCAGCGAGCGAACGGCGAAACCGGUCCUGUAAGAUCGACAUCAGCGGAACGCCACACGAUGCUCGUCAAGGAGUUCUGCAACCGGCGUUGCAUUCUGACCUCGUCCGGACUGCUGCUGAUCGCCAGCGGUACCUUCUUCAUCUUGUUCUUCCCGAUCAUCUUCCAGGACAUCCUGCACGAGGAGCUAAAGUUGGGACCGAAAUCGCGUGCCUACGAUGGCUGGGUGUCACCACCGUUCCCACUCGCAAUGGACGUGUACUUCUUCAACUGGACGAACCCGGAGGACAUCACAAACCAUUCCACGAAGCCGAUCCUCGAAGAACUUGGCCCGUAUCGCUUUAUCGAACAUCCGACAAAGAUCGACAUCGAGUGGCACGAUGCGAACUCCACUGUCAGCUUCCGCAAGAAGAGCCUCUACUACUUCGAUGAGGAGGGAAGCAAUGGCCGACUGGACGACGUGAUCAGCAGCGUCAACAUAGUGGCCGUGUCCGCUGCAAAACGUUCCAAGUACUGGGGCUAUCUCAAGCAAAAGGGUGUCUCCAUGGGUCUGAACGUGUACGACCAGCAGUUGCACGUAGUGAAGACGGCUGGCGAGCUGCUGUUCGAUGGCUACGAAGAUCACAUGGUGACAAUGGGCAAGCAUAUGUUCGAUGCGGACGAGAUCCCGUUCGAUCGUGUCGGUUGGUUUUACACGCGCAACAACUCCGCCGAUCUGAUCGGUCACUACAACAUGCACACGGGCGCCGAGAACAUCGCAAUGUUGGGUAAAAUGGGAGAGUGGAACUACAAACCCCGGACGGACUUCUUCGAGGGUGCUUGUGGCAUGUUGAACGGUUCGGCAGGCGAGUUUUUCCCACCUGGUCUGUCCAAAGAUCGCCCGAUCGAGCUGUUUACACCCGACAUGUGCCGUAGUCUGCCACUGGACUUCGAAGAGGAGCUAACCAUCCACGGUUUACCGGCGUACAAGUACUCAGGUGAUCGUCGUGCCAUCGACAACGGAACGCUCUACCCCGAGACGGCUUGUUUUAGCUCUGGUGAGAUCGUACCCUCGGGUGUGUUGAACAUCUCGUCCUGUCGCUUCGGGACGCCCGUAUUCGUGUCCUUCCCGCACUACUACGGUGCUGAUCCGUACUACUUGGAUCAGGUUGAGGGUCUCAACCCGUCGAAAGAGAAACAUCAGUUCUACAUGGCACUUGAACCGACCACUUCCGUGCCACUAGACGUCGCGGCUCGCUUGCAGCUUAACAUAAUGCUCGAAUCGUACGAAAACAUCAAUCUGUUUACCGACCUAAAGCGCGUCUUCCUGCCAGUGUUGUGGUUCGAACAACACGUCCUAAUGCCAGCGGAGUUGGCCGGAGAAAUUGGUCAAGCACUGACCGUACCAUCGAUCGUGCGUUGGUGUGGCAUCGUGAUGGUGUUGUUUGGGCUGGUGAUGCUGCUCUGGACUCCCGCCGAGCGGGCUCUGUUCCGACGGCGACGUCGAGUGAUCGCAGGGACGACAACCACCAAGGACAUGACGGCGUUUAACGGGACACGACCGUACGCGAUCGUCAGCGAGAAAGGUUUGCUCGAAUCGGUGGAGAAAAAUGGCAAACAUCCGACGAUCGGAGCGGCCACUGCGAUCGUGUUGGUCGAUAAGUUGCUUGAGAAACCGGAAAAGUCAGAAACACCAAGCCCGGAACAUCCGGUUGAACCUGAAAGUGCCCCACUGAUCGAUGGGCGCAGUGUCACGGUUGUGAAAUCGUGAACACAUCCUGUGAGCCAGCAGAAUGGCGCCAUCCUCUACGGCAAGGAUAUUACGCGAGGUCCUGACACUGACACUGACUGAGUGGGAGUGUAGAAGCUUGAUCCCCACAUUAACCACCGCAACCAGAAAGAGAGAGAGAGGGCAAUUUUUCACGUGAUACACAAUCGAAAGGACAGCAAGAGUAGAGCAGCUCGAAAUGGGACUCAACUCCUCCGGUGGGCUCUCGUCGACAGUCACAAGGACCUGCUGCCGAUCGCGUACACUUGCUGUAACAUUACACAUUCGUUAGGUUGUGCGCAUUGCACGGCGUAGUUUAAGCUUUUCUUACUUCCACUUCAUGUCCACUCUGAAUUCCUGUCGUGCAUGAUUUCAGCACAGCGGUGCUUUACGAUUAAUCUAAUUAGUACAAGAUCGCGAAACAAACCCAUCAUUAGGUAGAGAGUCGGGAGUGUCGUUUAAAGGACACCAGCAGGACACCAACCAGAUGCCGCCGCAGCAUGAACCAUUGGUCUAUUUAGUGAAGAAAUCUCGCCCCACAUGAUGAUCGCUAGUGUCGUAGGCUAUAAUUGCGCUUGUUUGUUGCGGCUCGUAGAUGUUAAGCUUCUGUUCGUAAGUUUUCUCCGUGCUUCCCCAAACGAAACAAACUUUUUGCUAACGUUCACCACUCAGGCAGGUAAUCCGUUACGCACCAGUCAAUCAUCCAACAGUUUGUUCGCAAGCACGUUGUCGCACGUUGCUGUUUGAAGUCCGUUCCCUAGUUUGGUAAGGCGUUAGGUUUAGGGCUUUGAUGUACGUUGUAUAAAGCAUUCCCUCUGAUGGUAAGAACCAUUCCCGGCUCAGCCUAAAAGAUCAUUCCCUUUUGUUCAGAGCAACGGUUCGGCAAACGUACGUGAGGGUGAAUAUCGAUGGACGGGCUGGAAAUCGCGCGAGGAUCAGCUAACAGAUAGUAAAUGUAUGUAGUGUUUAGGACUGAAAAUUACUGUUAAAGCGACGAGGACGAAGUAAGCUAAAUGAUGCGAGAGAUAAAUGAGCUGAAAAAGCGAUAGGAUGUGCAUGCAAAAUAUGACGAUAAGAUUUAACGUACAUGCGUUACCAUUAUUUGAAUAUGAUAUGCGUGCCAUUAUGUGAACUUGUGUCCUGUUAUCACGCCGGAAUACGAUUUGUUUGAUUUCGUCACAUCACAUGGUAUCGCUGAGGGUUGAUGAUUGAGCGAAAUUCCUGGACGAAGUUUGCAUCACUAAUAUUGCAUGUCACGCGAAUCGUUGGAUUGUUGAUCCGAAAAGUGGUGAAUAAAUUGAUCGACACCGA